UCGCAUUCACUAAAAACGAUUGAUUGUCACUUGACAUCACGACAUUGACAUUUCGUCGCAAUUAAAAAUUAAAAGUUGCCAAAAUAAUAACAUGAAUAACUUUAGGAACAAUUUUAGGCAAAUUGAUUUACCUAAAUCACUAUGUACCUCAUAAAACGCAGUCCUGAUUUCAGGACUUUGCAAACACUUAUUAGAUUUUACGGUGUAUCAAGAAAAAGCCACUAUGAAGUUCUCAAUUUACGUAAGAAUUGUACAGAUAAAGAAAUUAAGGAAGCCUUUAUUAAGAUGAGUAAAGAAUUUCACCCUGACAAAAACAAAGAUGCAAAAGCCCAAGAGAAGUUCGUUCAAAUUGUUGAAGCUUACAAUGUGCUUGGAAAGCCGUCCAGUCGUGCACAAUAUGACGGUAUGAGAGAAGUUUUUACCGGACCCUCACCAUAUGUUUACAAACCUCAUGUACAUUACAAUUUCAGAAAGAACCCACAAUACAGUUACUAUGACAGCACUGGCCAAUCACAGAGUGCGAAAGCGAACGCAAAAUCUUACUAUGGAGUGGACGGAAUAAAAAAACUGCCUAAUUACUACAUCAUUUUGAUAUGUUUUGGUGUUGCAUUUAUUGGUGUGGUGUUGCAGAUUUACGUUAUCAGAAAUACGUAUGUACUACAACAGAGACAAGCCCAAGAGAAAUCAAAAUAUUUGGCAGAGGAGUUGGACCGGGUUCGUUCAGCAGCUCAAAGUAACGGGAAUGAGUUGCAAACACGUUUGCUUUUGGAAAAGAUUGUAACAGCGGCCAAUCCAGCAGUAGCCACAGCGUCGCUUGGGCAGGCAUUGGCAAGCGAUAAAAAGUGAUUUCUUUUUAUACAAUUUACAAUUAGUACAAUUUUAUAUAUAAAAACUCGGGGGCGGAUUCAGGAAAAUUUUGGGCGGUAUAUUGCGACUGUGAUUGCAUUUGACAAAUAAGCCUCACCAUUUUAUAUAGCAAAUUUGUUAGCUUGUAAUUUAGUUGUCUUUGAAAUUUAUUUUAUUUAACAUUCUUAGUAUAACGAUAUUACGAUACGACGACAAUAGAAUUUAUUUUAGUAUGACAACGAUAGCGCCGGAAUCCUUUACUCGUUAUUUCUGAUUAGAUAUUUUUAAUAUGUUAUUAAAGCACAGGUUUUCAGUCUAUUUAGAUUGGCAUAAAAUGAUUAAUAAAAUGGUCAUGUCCCCCUCAGCUUUCUCCUGAAUCCAUGCCUGUAUUCAAUUGACACACACCUACAGUACAAUAUUGUAAUAUAGAGUAAAAGUAUAUAUGUUUUUGUAAAUCUUUUCACUCUUACAAUAUUUGUAGGUGAUAGAUAAUUUAGACGCCUUUUAGUAGAAAACAAUAAUGUAUAUACAUAUUAAUUAAUGUAUAUAAUUACAAUUGAAGAUCUGUUGUAUUUUGGGAAUAUGUUGAAUUUUAUUGAAUUAUACAGUUUUAGAAAAUUAA